AUGAAACGGGCAAAGUGCAGCGUGGGAGGGGCUCAUCCUCGCGUCGAUGUGCAGCUGCUGCAGGCGCAGCGCCUCCGCCUCGUCGACGGGCGGCAGCGGAGAGGGGGGCGUCCGACGCACCGCGCCCUGGCGCCCGCCCCGCGCGCGCCCCCGCCGGCAUGCAGCGCGUCUCGAACCACAGCAUUGUCGUUGAUGCAUUGCCUUGAAAAGAAAACCCUUGCUCCUCAGAUCCGCCAGCUGCAGCAGGCCCAGGAGCAGGUGCCGUUCUUCUAUGUGCGCGAGAUCCCGAACAAGCCGCCGCCGCCCUACACGCCCCCGGGCCAGGCGCGCGCGGCGGCGGUGGCGGCGGCGGUCUCGGUCGCUGGGGAGGCCCCGGGCGCGGGGGCGGGGCCGGGAGGGCGUCCGCCUGCCGCCGCCCCGCCGCUGACCGGCGCCCCGCGCCCCGACCAGGCCGCCGCGCUGCUAGACGCACGCGGCGCGGGUGCUGGCGGCGCCGGCGCCGCACGCGCCGCCGGCCGCCCGCUCGACGACGUGGCGCCGCCCCUCGGCUUCGGACACGACCCCGACUUCGAGAAGCUGGCGCAGACGCGCGCCCACGGCGGCGCGCACGCGGCGGCGUACGCGGCCUUCCUGUUCGAGCUGGCGCUCGCGGCGGUGCGCGAGGAUGGGCGGCCGCAGGGCGGCGCCCUCGCGGGGGCGUGGGGGCCGGCGAGCGCUGCCCGGCGUGGCCGGUUGGCGCGGGUGGCGCCGGCACGCUGCGGCCCCGGGCGGCCCUCGCCGCGCGCCGGCCCGGCGGCGCCGCCGCCCUCGAGUGGGCGCGCGGCGACGGCGGCGGAAAGACGGCGGCGGCGGGCGCGCGCGGGGAGGCGUCGGGCGGCGGCGGCGGGGCCGCGGCCGCGGCCGCAGCGGCGGCGCCGAGCCGCAGAUGCAGCUGCGCGGAGCCGGCGGCGACGCAACCGCGUUGGACGAGCUGCUGACGCGCGGGCACCGCCGACGAGGAGCCGCGUGACCGCGCUACGACGAGGAGAAGGCCGCGCUCAAGAACGAGGUGACGGAGCAGGUGCUGGCGCGCUGCUGGACGACACGGCGCACGCGCUGCAGCUGGCGCUGGACCGGCGCGCCUCCCGCGCCGCCCGCGCCUCCGACCAGGCCCUCGGCGAAGGAAGUAAUAAU